UCGCUCACGAUCGCCGACGGCCUUUAGAAAAAGCUCUCGCGAGAGGGGUGCGCAUGUGCUGGUGCGUGUUUAGUAGUGUGUCGUAGGGGAGUUAUGUGAGGGGAGUGAUGUCCUCCAGUACAGCUGCGAACCGCAUGAACUUGGCUGCCUUGCAGAGAGUCGAUUCUGCGGUGACCGAGAUCGUCGACAACGCGAGCCAAGUAGCCCUGUACAAGUUUGCCUCGGCGACAAACGGCUGGGAAAAAACAGAAAUUGAAGGAGCUUUAUUCGUCUUUGCAUGGUCAAAGACCCCCAGCCAUGGCUUCAUUGUUAUGAACCGCCUGAGCACGACCAAUCGUCUGGAACUGAUCACCGAAGAGGUUGAGUUCCAAACUCAGUCACCGUUCCUUCUGUACAAAAGUGGCUCUGAAAUCAACUGCAUCUGGUUCUACGACACGAAAGAGUGUGAAAGGCUCGGGAAGCUUUGUCAGAGCCUAGCAAAGGCCACCAAGAUGUCGUCCAAGUCAAAGAACCGCCAGCGCUGUGCCUCCGAGAGUGACAGCCUGCACCAGCUUCAACUGGCCACACCAGCUGUUUCGCAGGAUGGUGCCCCUAAGGACAUUGUGGCCCUCCUGUCUAAGGCAAAGGACCAGUACAACAUGAAGAAAGCUGAGGCCUUCUCCAAUGGCCAAAAGCAGCACCGAAAUGGGACUCGGGGCCGACGAAGCCAAACCUUUGUCUCAUCAGCAAUGGCAAACAGUGCACAUUCAGAGGUGACCAGCAACGGCCACCACGCCGGUGUGCCGUCCCCUCCAAAUGUUCUGCACAAGCCCACACCGCUGAGGACGACCACUAAUGGCGUCGUUGCCACAGCAACUGCCGAGCCGCCGUCAACGCCCCUCAGCGUGGAGUCUCUCUUUGCUGCUGUUGGUCAGAAGAAGCCUGAGGUGUCAAGCAGGAGUGAAGAUGCAAAGGAAGCCCUGCUAAGAGCACUGCUUUCCAAUCCUGACAAUCGGCUGGAGCACGUGGAACGGAUUCAACGCAAGGAAGCUGAUGCAAGUGGUGACGUGUUGUGUGAGCAGCCACGCCUGCGCGCGGCCUCCUGCCAGGCCAACAUCUCGGCUUGGGAGGUGAGCGACGACCUGCGACAGAAGCUCAACCUGUGCUCAUCCUCAUCCUCUGCCGAGAACAGCGUGCUGCCUCCAGUAGUGACGCCAGCCAUGUUAGAGAUCGGCCUUGGCAACGCCGAGCGCCACUCCUCGCCGACGACUGUCGCACUCGGGGACCCGCUUCCUGGCAGAGAGCCGUGCAAGGCUCCAGCCGCAUCUGAUCUGCCUCUGCUCACACCCAUGGCUUUCACGAAACCAGUUGGCCAACCUGCUCCAAUGCCUUUCCUGUCAUUUGGCUCUACAUUGUUUGGGACUCCUGGUGUGUGCAUGAAUGGUGAUUUGGUGGCCAACAAUCGGGAGUCAGUGAGCGCCCUGACCAAGGAUCAACUGAAGGAUGCACUGGUCCACAUGUUGCAGACGGACGAUAGUUUCUUAGUGAAGCUACACGAGGCGUACGUGGGGAGUCUCAAAAGCCGGUUCAACCUCAACACACGGACUGGCAACGGCUCAUCUAUGGGAAGCCUCUUGUGAAAGCGACCCCCACAGGGUUGUGCUUAAGCAGCUCCUGUGCUCUACGGAAAGUCUGCAGCGACGUAGCACAACUCCCGGGUUGGCCACCCCAUCUUCAGGAGGAGCCGCACUCUGCCACUGUGAGCUGUGUUUGGCGAUGCCCUAGAGACAAAAUGUCAGACAUACGCUCCAGCUGCACAUUGUUGGAUGCGCUCAAAGAGGCGAUGGACGCUGGCUAUAUCUCGUCGUAAUAUUGUGAGCCUGCACCGGGCUGUCCGUUUGGCUGAAGACAGGAGCUGCGCCUUUAGGCGGCACAGAGCUUCUGCCACUAGUGACAUGUGGCGAGUGCAGCUAUACAGAGGUGUUUAGCAUUGUGAUCGACUUCGGGUCGGGAGUUUAAAUUGUCGUGUUUUUGUGGCCCUUGUGCCUUUUUUGCAACUCUGUUGGUGCUGCUUGCUGCAUCGCUAGUACAUUAUGUAGCUAGUACGUCAGUGCAAGCGCGUCCUUGGCGCACCUACAGUAAUCUCUGUCUCCCCAAACUGGCUUCAACUCUACACACCACUUCAACUUAAGAAUCAAGGAAAGAAAAGGGUGGUGACAUCGCUUAUCAACUGCCACAGUUACUGUGCUUGGAUUACAUGCCUCGGUGAUUCGUGGCCGUAAUUUCACAAUGAGGCACCUUCAACACCUGCUCAAAGACAGUGGUGUAGAGGGGUUGCUUUCAAGUAGCUCGUCAUCACAGGAAUCUCCCGAGACGCGUUACUCAAACUACAGUGUUUACUUUUGUCAAAGGGUGACGCUGGCUGAAUCAACAUGGAGUAGCGAGUUAAGGCCAGUUUGUGAAUGCAGAGCUAAGCAUCACUCUCACCUGGUCUUGUCAGACUUGCAUUAGCAUGGUUUGCCGAUAGCUCUCUUAGCAUGUAUUUUUUUACAAAGACUGAUUGGUUGUCUUCAUUUGAAAAAGUAGUGGUGGGUUGGUAGCAAGUCACUGGCAUGACUUUGCCAUGGCUUCCAGCUUGCUGCAUCAGUGAGCACUGCCAGCACUAUGGCAGGCAGUUAUUAAGGCAGGUCUGUGCAGAAUAUGAUAUGCUUUGACGUACCAGCAAUAUUCACUGAAGCAGCAAGCAUUGAUGUGUCUGUGCAGUUAUUUUAUGUAUGAAAAGCACUUCUAAGGCAUUGCAAUGACAUUGGCAACUGCCAGCGACAGAUUUUUUACCAUCACAAGCAUACUUGUGUAAAAUUUACCUUUACAAUUGCUUCUAUGAGAACACAGAGUUCCUUUGUCUGAGAUGACAUUUAUAUAAAAUAGGAAUUAGUCUGAUUUGACCAUGUCACUGCGUGACUUCAGCAGGCACCUCCAACAGAGCUGCAAAUCAGGGAGUGUUUCCUUUCUUUUUUAAACACAUUGCUGUCACCAAGCUAUAGCAUAUGAAACAUACUAGAGCGUGGGUCUUCCCACCUCUGCAGCGUAUUGCUGGUUGGUUGUUCAUGUAGGGUGUUUCAGAGCAAACUUGCCUGGUGCUGCAGAGCAGAGAAGUUUUAAGCCUUCUUUAAUUUUUUAACUCCACUCAUCUUUGUAAGCUAUGCAGGCCGUGUACUCUAAUUGGAGUAAAUAGAGGUGGUGGGUUGGUAGCAAUGAUACUGCAUAUGGGAUCCCACGUUUUGAGAUUCUUUGCAGGCUGGAAAGUUCGCUUUCUCUUGCACGCACACACAUGGCACCAAAUUAGGGUUUCAACAGUGAUUUCGUGAUGCAGGUAUUCAAAUAAUGAGGAGCAGUUCCAUGCAUUUGGAUAUUUUUCACACUCAUCUUCGAGGCAUUGUUAAGGGCCACAUUUCUGUGGGGAAAAGCAAGCUUGACAAGCUCACUGAUGCCUAAGAGCUAGAGCAAGAGAACACUGCAGUGGUGUUGUAAGAAGCUGUGGCAAGCAUGUAGAAAAGUGCUGGGUUCAACCACAACUUUGUGAACAAAAUGGUGAACCAGGCAAGCUAAAGUUAAUCUUAAACAUUCUAAACGGUGCAAAAUGAAACGAGAAUGAAUGCAGGAAAAAGUAUGAUGCUAGCACCAGUGUCACCGUUUUUCCUGCCCUGGUUCUUGGUAUGUUCGUGCUGCUUUCCGAGCGCCUCGUCGUAGACACCUGGCUGCAGUCAAAUGCCAUGAUCUUGUAGGCUGGGAUUAGCUCAGGGUAAGCAUGUCUUGCAACGUGCAAGUGAAUGUGGGAUAGCGGAAGUGACGCAGGCAGCUUAAGACUCGAGUUGGUGCUAUUCAUUUGACUACGCAAUUGCCAGAGAAGGCUGCCAAAUAGAAAUCCACUGCAGCAGAGGCCAGAAAUUGCACGAUGCAUAACUCCAGAACGUGGCCAACGUUUGGCUGAAAGCCUGACUUGAACCAAUUAAAGUGUCAUCCGUGCCCAUACUUUCGCAUUCUGCUUUUAAGUUAAAAGCUUCAGCUCAUCUUCAAAGAGAUGAGCUACCUCUCAUUUGAAAACCCCCCAGGGGCAAUGCAUGGAACCUCCUGCUUUCUUACAGCACGCUGUGUCUCUUGGGUCUCAAGUCCAUGAACAAAAGGAUUGGUUUCUUUUUUACCUGAACAGCUAUCUGUGCUGGAGUCCUAGCUUUCUUUAGAAAAUGCUAUAGUUUUUACAACCUAGCUUACCGUGGAAAUAGGGCCCCAUGAUCUUAUCUUUGACCUUGCCAUUGGCUGCUGUUCUUUAAUUUUAAUUCAUUGUUAAGCUUGUUUUUACUCGCGUUGAAACGUUGGCCUGCUUUCUUAACAUGCUAGUUAAGAAAACCAGUUGCGGGAUCUUAACUUCUACCUCUGCUCUGCAGCCAGGCAUGUUCCUUCUCGGCUCAUACAGUCUUCUUUCAUUUAGAGUCAUGCGGGCCUAUAUCAUUCUUGCCAUUUUUUCAUCUGCUUGAUAGAAAAAUGGUUCUCUUGUCACUUUUAUCUUGUCAUUGCAUCACAUUCAUGUUGCAAAAGGUUUUUUUUUUUUUUUUAAUCCAUCAACUAGCUCCUGUCUCAGUUUGGAUGGAAGCAUACUUUUGAGUUUUUUUCUCUAAUCUACUGUGUCAUAAUGAUCGUCAAAAGAUGAAACGCGGUUAUCAUUAGAGCACGAGAGUUGUUCUUUGGAGCUGCAGUGUGUGUGCUUAUGUCUUGUGUAGAAUAGUGUUUAGUGCAUCACGUGCGCACCGCCUGUGUCUCGAAGCAAGAUUACAGAGUCCUCUCUAUGUUUGAGAUGGAGGCAGCGUGUGCACAAGGUUCUCAUCUGAGAAACCCAGAGAAAUUGAAGCGUGUAAUAUGAUGAUGCAAGAUGUUGAAACGGAGAUGGCAGAUCAUUCUUCUAGUGGUGCUGUUUGGUAUCACUUUUUUUUUAGCACUUACUAGAUCUUUCUCAUAGUGUAAGACAGAGAAGGAGUUUCAUUUAGGACUUCUGCACUGUUACUUUUCACAGCUUGUCACGAAGCUCAAUGGAAAGCUCAAGUUUGGAGGCCAUGAGCACGAUGUUCUAUGACACCGUUUUUGACCGUCCCCUUUCACAUAGCGCUUACAAACACAGGUAGUUGUGAGGAAGCUUGGCUUUUUGAAACAUUGGCUUUCAGGAAAGUGGUCGGCAACUUUAUAAAUUGCUUUUCCAAACACCAUUUGCCAGGCAUUUUUAUGCUAGGCCUCCAGUAUGAUAGGUGCACAGUGGUCCUGACCAACCAUCAGCAACACUUGGCUGUUCCAACUUGAUCAAGCCACUCGUUGUCGUUCAUAAUUGUUCCCAGUGCUUUGACACUUUGUGGACAACGUUUAGGUCUUGAGGGGCCUCUCUGCUCAGAAAACUGUUCGUCAGUGGUGGCACAAAGGAGGUGUAUACGAUAAGCAGUAAUGAUUGCAAGUUGAUGUUUAUGACGCUAAGCUCCUUUCUUUUUCUUUGAAACUUCAAGUGAAAGCUAUGUGGUCUAACAGGGUUGCGUGAAUAGGUGAUUUGUACAUUUAUAUGCAGUUCCCUUGAGGCAAGGUUGGCAGACAUGAGGCAAGGAGCCCACUUUGAUCCUUUCUUUUUUGCAAAGUAGGCCAUUGCAUUUGAAGCUCGGUGCACUCCUUCCAUUGAUCUUGGAAGUGAUGCAUCUUGCAGGGCUUGCGUUUUUUUUUUUUUUUUUAACAUUUUUGUUGUUUCAAACUGUCGGCACUGUUAGCUAACGCAGCUGAAAUGGAGAGACACCCUGGCAGGGCUUCCGAAAGCUAGUCUGGGCUCAUUAAAGCCACCUUAUUAAUACAGUAAUUAAUAGGUGAGAAUAAGGGCUGCAGUGCAAACAAAGUAAAACGGUGCUACGUGCAUGUUUGUGUAUGGUUGCAGCUUGUGUUUCGUUUCUUCCGUCUUUAAACUUUUUACAGUAUGCAGUCUGGUUACAUGUAGGCAAGGAAAAAUAGGGGAAGUAUUGGAGUGAUCUGAAUGACUUGCCUCGCAAUGGUACUGUUCUGUUUAUCUGACGUGCUUCAAAAUGUUUUUUUUUUUUUUUUUUUUCAGUGGUCGAAUGUACACCUGUGCGCAUUCGCUCCUGUGUGUGAAAACAGUGCUGGUUGAUGUCUCCACGUGCAGCAGCGUGGGUCUUUGUGUGUAGUUUGAUUAAUGUACAGUGUAUAUAGUAUGGUGUCCGCGUGUAUGUGCAUACAUGUUCGCUGCAUCCAGUAGAUGCUGGAUCUCUCACAAGCAGCAAACUGAGAUGACAGGUGGUCUUUGUUUUGUGGCUCUGCUCUUGUGACAGGCUUUGCUGCCUUUGGUGAUAAUGGACUUCCAACUUCAUAGCAGCCCUUCAACAUUUCUGAUAGCAUUGACCCAUGCUUUUAAUUAAAUAUGCACCCUCUAGGGUGUAAGUUUCCCAGACUCUUUAGAAUUGUACACUGUUUAAGGUGUAAAUUUAUCACGGCAAUGGUCAUCAUCAGUCUUUCAUGUAUUUUUAUUUUUUUUCAAUGCUGCAUGUCCUGUACUUGGUUGCUAGUAGCACAUGAUUGUCUAAGCAAUGUGUAGUGUUCCUGAUUGGAGAUUAGAUUAGCACAAGAUUAGUGAUUAGGGUAAUGUUGUGUGUCAAAAUUACACCCUAAAGGUUUACUCAUUCUUUCUUUGUGGGGUAUAAAAGGUGUUUGGGGUGUAAAGGGAGAGCAAACAGUAAUGAUCGGGUUUAUAUAUAUAUAAUGAUGCUGCGAGACGCUGAAACAUUUUGGUCGAGUAAGUACCAGGCAGAAAGCAUUAAAGAGAGGAAAUGUACAUGAAAGGAAUGAUGAUCAUUGUUCUGUAGGAAAGUUACAUCCUAAAAGGUGCGAAGCUUUUAAAUGAGUACAGCAAGGACAGUUAUCAAUUUGUGAGUAUCACUCAUCGUCAACCUAUCAGUAUGUCAGUGAUGUUCAGCAGAACACAUCUGGGAAGUAAGCAGGGCAUGCACACGAACGCAGAGCAUGUGAUAUUGUGACCACGGAUUGCUACAGUGUUCUCUAGAGGACACCAUAAUUCAUGCUUAUCUGGCUGGGUUCUGUGUUUCUGCCACUAUCUACGGCCAAUCAAUGUUAAGCAGCUACUACAAACAAAGGCAGGUUACUUAAUGGUACAAGGUUCCUGCUGUGAUUGCCAAUGUGUGCUCCUUUUCCACAUACCAUCUUUGUGGCUUUUAGCACUGCAAAUUCAAAGCAGCAGAGGUGAUUAUAGUACAGCGCCAUACAGUUUGUAUGUAAGCUCAAAGCAAUUGACAUUGCCAAUCCACUCUGCCUCAUGGUGCUCACUGAUUGGUUAGUCAACACUCAACUGACAUCAUUGGAGUAAGUUGCUGAAUUAUGGAAGGAAGAUUAGUCCUCUCCUGGUGCAGUAGGUGUCCAGUAAUUGGUGCAUUGUAUUUGGAAGGCUGAUAAAUAUGUCGAAGGCGGAAAGCAACCCCUAGCUCUGAAGAGCUGUAGCAUAUUGCCAGUUUGGCUGAAGCAGAGGAAUGUAGGAAGGUUUCUCACCUUCAUUGGCAAACACAGCCUGUGUACUUGUCAUGUGCAAGUGUGUGUUUAUCCAGAUUUUCUCUCUCUCCUUCCUUUAUAGUUCCUUAAGAUACUUUGUAUUCAUGAAAUUUUGAUUGGGUUCCUUUGUUUAUAUGACAAGCUUCCAAUUGUAUUUCAUUUAUGAGUGAGCUGUACAGGUCUUACGAGACUGCACCCAAUUUCAGUGAUUCAGCUGCCACUCAGACUUAUUUGUGUGCUUUCAUUCUGAGGAUUGGAAUGCUUCGCUUGGCAACCUUCAUACCGUCAGUGUCCUUCAGUUGAGGUGUCUCUCUAUAUUUUAGCGUUUCCAGGAGGCAGGUGCUUCCGCUGUGUGGUAUCUUUAUUGUUGUGGCUAAGAUACAUGAGUUGGUGGAACACACGUUAAAGAGGAAGGAUCUUGGCAAAGACCAAGUAGCUGUCUGAUAUACAUUAUGGAACAGCACAAACAAUGACAUGAGUAAACAUGCAGGACAAUGCUUUGCUACGCUUUGUGUUGCCUUUAACACUGUUUCAUACACAUGGGAAGGGGGGGGGGGGGGGAAGCAUUUUCAAAUGAGAUCAUCUUCUAUUUGUCUCAUCAGUAGCAGUCAUAGUGAUAUGUGUGCAUCUUCUGGUGGUUGAGAAUCAUAUCUGGAGUUUUAGGCCAGAGCUUCACUAUCCGCCUCUUCUCGUGUAAACACAUAGCUCAUGUUUUCUUGUUCUUGGGUGGCAAAUGGCUAUCGUUGGAAAUUUUCAUGGCAACCAAAGCCUUUCAAAGCUCUUGUAAAUUCGACUCUGUCACCUGUUACUUUUGUACACACUCUCAAAACUUGUUUCUUGCAGCUUUGAAUAAUUGGUCAUAUGGCAACAUGGCAGUUCAUUUGUCUAACAAAUGAGAAGUUAUUUUGUCAGAGGGCAGUUUCCCCAUCACAUACACUGUAGAGCUCCACAUUGCAUUUUAAGGAUACCAGUCGGCAUGCCACAUAAAGGAUAAAGUUGCAAGUCAUUUGUGCAUAUACGAUCGUCUUCAGCCAGCUGUAGGUAAGAGCCAUCUCACCAAAUGCAAACAUGUCGCCUCUCAUUUCUAUAACUAAAGUUGUCUAGAGCCUGGGAAUACAUGCAGAGUUUUCAGUUAGCUGCUUGUGAGAAGAAAAUGUGCCAUCACCCGCCUGUUACAUUUUGGCACAAGUGUCGCAUUCGCAAAGGUUGCGUGUCAAGCUCAUUCGGGUGUUACAUUAUGGCACUGUUGUGUUUUGCCCUGUAAAGGUGUUGUACAGAAUUGCAUCGUGAACUUCAUUUCAACAUACUUUUGUAUUGCCCAACUUAUUUUGAAGCACGGCAUAUACUCACUCCCUAUAUGUGGAUGUCAUUUGGAAUGCUGUUUCAUGUUAAGCCUGCCAUUGCAUAAUUUCAUUUUCUCAGCAGUUUCUAAUCAACAUAUGCACCUAUCACUUGCUUUCAAGCAUGUCACUUGUUUUUAUCUCUUGAGUAUUGUCGCAGUUGUACGAGGCAUUCUCAUGUGUGGGUGGCGUCAAGUCUUUCUGAAACUGAACAGAUUAUGCCACCAUGUGCAAUGCUACUCGGUGAGUAGAGGGGAUCUUCUUGUGAAAGCAGCAAGUGGUCGUGCAGGCACGUGUGUCUGGUGAUGAUUUUCAAAGGGACUAAAGCCGUCGCACCUUGUUUCACUGUGAAUAUGUACAUACCUGCUGUGGGAACCUUUGCAACCACGUGCGGGUGGUCCCCUGUAUCUGCGGGCCAAGGAGGAUCGUCAUGUGGCAUCCUUGAUGCUCUUCAUUUGAUGACUGUGCAAGACGUCAGGGGCAGGAGAGAGCAGCAUCAGCAACACACCACACAAGCCAAUGUGAGUCGCGUCAACAGAAGUUACGCUGUUUGUCAUUGAUAACCAUAGCACGUGACAACUCCUGCGGCGCAGCUCAUCACAGGAGAGAGGGACUUCUGAAUUCUAAAAGUGUCUUCGUGGGAAAGUGCUCUCACUGGAGCUCGCAAGAAGCAGCCAGUGUUGGAUGUUUGCCGCGUGUUGACAUCAUUCAUUUGCUGGUGCUGCUACUGCUGCUGUCUCUUCGACGACUUGGACAAGAUCUUGUUAUCUGGUCACAAUGCGAUCCCUUUGUUAUCUGCCUGCUCCGUGCCUGUGGAGUGUGUGUGGCUAUCUGUCUCCUCAUUGGCAAGCUGCUGGACCCAAGCAUGUAGCACCUUAAGCCUGUAUGGACUGUGGUGUUGCAGCUAUGCAGUUCGAUUGAUGAGACAGGGAUGCAUCAUGCGUUGAGGACAUCGCUGCCACUGCCCUAGCACACCCACUGUGUUCCCUGUGUCAGCUUUCUUCACAGCUACCAAAUAGCUGGUGUGUUUCAAAGUGUGACUUUGUGUCUGUGGGAAGGACAUGUCGGUGUCUAUCGUGACUUAGGGGUUACUUUCUUUUUGGCUGUGAUGACAAAAUUUACCUAGUGGCUACAGCAAAAAGAACUGCAUGUGGCAGUGAUGAGACGUAUUGUGUCUGCACCUUAUAGUUUGUAGUUGCGCAGUCAGUCUAUCAUUUGAAAGCAGGGGACUGCUGGCAGUGUUUGGCUUCGGUUGGGCUGCACCUGUCUUAAAUUGUGCUUGCAGUUCAAAGUCGCACUCUUACCUUUCUGGUUUAGCACACUUCAAGAAACCUGUGCCUUGUUUCCGGUGGCAAACAGGUAUACAAUGCGUCUCGUUAAAAAAGUGGCGUAAAUGCCUUGUGGAGAAUCUGUAAAGGUGAUGUUGGCAUUUUUUACACUGCAUUACACACUUUCUCUCAUGAGAAAUGGACGCUUUGACUACACUGGGCAGUCAAGUUCCUCACAUCCAAGGGCCUUUACUGCAAUCGGUAUCAAGGCAUAGCUAAUUUCCUGUAAGCGAGACUAACCAAGGUAGUCUCUUACGUUCCUUCAUAUCAUCAUCAAAAUCCUGUCUUGUAAGGAGCGAGUCACAUGAUUUCCAGUUCUUGGUGCAGGAAUUUGGCUUCUCAUCAAUGCCAGCGUAUUAUCUAAACAUUGGUAUUGGCACACUGAGGGCCAGUAUUUGCCAACUGUGCAGUGCUGCUAUCCUGAUGCAUACCUACAGCACCUUUGCUCUUACACUGUUGCCCACACUAUCCAACCAAUCCCCUGGUCUCUAGGCUAACAGUAAAUCUUGCACGUUAUAAAUGUGACGUGUAUGACAUGUCAGUUGCAUCUCUUCAAGCUGGCGAGACAAGUGUGCGGUGGCCAGCGCAUGCUCCGGCCACCGGACUUUAGGUGGCUCCAUGUUUCGAACAGUGUAACUUCAGCAUUGGUACCAGCCAACCCUCUCGUACCAUGGUAGCAUUUUCACACUUUAUCAAAGUUGUGGGUAAGAGGUCAAAGCAGCAUAGUUGAUGUUGGUAGGGUGCUGCUACCAAUAGCUUGAAACCAAAGUUCCUUGCCAGACUAACUGUCCCGCCAGUCCGUCCCUUAUCGGCAGACUUCUUUGUUAAACCCUGGGCAAAGACCUUUCGCUUUCUAGUGACGCCGCACAAAACAGGGUUCUUGUUUGUCCAAGAGACAUGUCUUGUUUUUCUUUUUGCAUCAACUACCAGGGAACUACUUAAAAUUAGGUGUUGUCAAGACUGGCUGGCAUGUGUUGGAGCCUGCUUGUUUAUAAUAUAUUAGAAAAGAAAAAGCCUAUCCAAGCAUGGUACAGCUUUUUGAUGGCUUGAUAUGUCUGACCUUGAGCAUCGAAACGUGUAUGUCAGAUCCAACGGUUUAGAAGUUGUUUUCUUGCAAAGCUUUGCCGAAAAGAAACACUUUGUCGGCAUGCUCAAAGCUUGGCACGACGUGCCCUUGUAAGUGCGGUGUUCGUAGCUUCUUCUGUGUAAGGCAUGACCAUUACGCAAAAAAAAAAACAGCAAUGUUCCUGUGCAUCUAUAGUUAGCAUAGCGCACUCAUGAUCUUUUUAGUUGCCAGGACUUCUGGAUAAUUUGUGCGUUUGCUUUUCCUUCCAUCGUCAGUGCGUUAAUAUGUCACCGCCACAUUUUCAUUCAUUUUUUUGCAAUCUGUGUAAAGUGACUAACUUCAUUUUGAAGACGUUUGUGCUUUUAAUGCUUGCCACUGAGUUAGUUAGCUGUAAGGGCUUUCUUCUUCAGUAGCAUGGCUGGCAACCUGUGGUCGAAUGGCCCAGGAGUGCAAACCAGUAUUGUUCUUUUAUUUUAUUUUUUGGCAGCACCAGAAGUUUUGGUGCUCCCCUGUGGUUGGUCAAGGCUUCCAGUUACCAUGUGUUCCCACAUGCUGGUUAUUUUCUGCACUUGAGACAGCAUGCUGAAUGUGGUAUCAUGUGUACAGACAUGCGUGCCUUUUUCCUCUGGAUUAUUAUUUUUCUUUCUUUUGAUGCUGGCACUUGCUGCCAUGUAUCAGCACUGUGCACGAAUCUGGUCAUAAUUUUGUUCAGAUUCCCAGUGCUCCUCUACACAUGCAGGUCUGGCGUAGGCUGAAAAAAAAACUAAGGGAACUUCAGCAACAGAGAUUGACAAAUUAACCAAGAACAUGUCAUAGUGUUCACCUGCUGUCAGCGCUGGAAGCAUUGACCAACACAGGGUCACGACCUACCAUGGAGACUUAGUGCUCCAUGGGUAUACACGAUCAUGUAUGACCAUGUAUCAAGUAACAUGAUCAUGACAUGAAUGUGUGGCUUUUGUUAAAAGCACACGGGACACUGCCUAACUAGGGCUGCUGUGGAAGACGAGGGCAAUUGCCGUGCUCAUUGUCAAAAUUUCGGAGCACUAGGGAUGCAGUAGAUGUCUAGUACAUGACCGGGAGUCCAGCACCAGUCAUGCACAGUCUGACCUGUGUGCUUUUGACCGACAGCUCACAUUUGGGGGACAUCUUGCUCUGCGGUGACAUGCUGCCUGGGGGACUUUACGGUCUACUGUCGCAUGUAACCACAGGGUGGGGGGAUGUAGUCUAAUGUCCACAUGCCACCGUGGGGACAUUGUAAUCCAGGAUCACAUGCAACUAUAGGGGUGUUUGUGGACUUCGUAUAUGCAGGACCGACAUGAAAGGGAAUGUCUGGUUUGUGUUCCAAGACCGUCAGAAGUUCUUGUUUUUUUUUUUUUACACUCAAACCUGGAACAUACCGCCUGGAACAUUGUUCAACGGAACUCCUCGCAUAGUAUUGGCAGCUGAGGUUUAAACUUAAAUUGUGCAGUAGUAGUUGCUUCAAUGCCUGUUAAGAUGUUCCCUUUUUCUUUUUACCACCCUGUUUUCCACGGUGGCAUGUGGCCAUGCAGACGCUGUGCUGUGGCGGCACAAGCCGUUUGCCGUCUCGAUGCGAGUGUGGGAAGUGGUGUUUACGUGUUGUGCUGCUGUUGCCGACAGCUUGAUUUGGCACCCAACUGUGUCUAGGCUGAUCAGAGGGGGAAAAACAUUGGAGCUCUAUUGUGAAAGCAUAGAAUGCAAGCUGAGCAAGAGCAAUGUCUCUAAAAGGACCAAACCGGGUUGUUGCAAAAAUUUCUUUUAGUCCUUGCCAUGCCUUGCCGGACAAAGGGCACCGUUUGCCUUGGCUUCAGCACUGCUGUAAGCCAGGCCAUAGCCCUAUCUUGUUUUCUCAAGUCCUUGUCGUGCUAGGAGAUUAAUCAGAAAAAAAAUUCAUUGGGCUAACUUCCCGUCUGGUUGGGUCGCAACUCUUUGAGCUUCCGGAUCAACAAGUACAAAUCUUUGAAUGCUUGUGUGCGUGUAUAUCAGUGUGUACGCGUGUAUUUGUGUACGUGUGUGCCUUUGUGAGCCCACUGUUUUGAGAGAUUUAAUAAGAAAAAAAAAGGAAAACAUUUUGCGGUCACUUGCAGAAUGUGGCUUAUGAACAAAGUGUACUGGUCAUUCAGCACAUUUUUCUCAACAUGUUUUUUGUGGCUGCAUUUUGUGGUCACCGCUUGAAAGUUGGUUGGUGAAGCUGUUACCAGGAUCGAUUUGUGUUCAGCAUUAGCAAGUUGCAGUUGAGGUGGCAUUUCACAAUAGCUGUCUUUUUCACAGAAGUAAUCAGACUUCCUGUCAGCUCUACUUCACCCGUAUGCCAAGAACUACAUGCUGGUAAUGCCAGACUGGUUUGCACACUUUGCACUUGCACUAUGUAUGCUUAAAAAACAAAGCAUGACAAACAGUGCAAAAAAAAAAAAAAAAAAAGCAGAUGCUGCUGUGUGUUUCAACACUCUUUUGCACUCAUAUGUGCCUAUUUCGGUUAAGCUGGUGAGCACCCUGUUUUACACCCCUGUCACAUGAUUAGGGUAAACUUCAGUUACAGACUACUGCCAUUACAUUCAAUUACAAAAGAAAUAUAACAACAUUCGUAUGUGCAGUCAAUGGUUAAAGGAAUAACUGUGGCAGGCUGUAACUAAAGUUCAGCUUAAUCAUGAUUGGCGUGUCCAUGCAACGAGCUAUUGAUUGUACAGUGACCAAGUUUGGCUAUGCGACGACUGCAAAGCAUUGUGAAAUGUCACUCACUUUUGUGAAGUUUACUCUCGUCAUUAGCUUGAAAAAAAAUUUUGAAACAGUUUUUUUGGAACAGCUUUUAAGCACACCAGAAAAAAAAAAGAGAGAGAGAGAAAAGCAAAAUGUCAAAGAUUUUGGUGCAAUUGUGAGCAUUCGGUAGAUUUUUUUUUUUAGUUUGCUCGAAAAUAGUCAUUACCUUAACGUUUGCAAUGCUUUAUUUGCUAGUGUGUGUGUGCGUGCGUGUAUGCAUGUGCAAAUAAGACAGACAAAAAUCUUUAAAAAGUGCUAGACAUUAUUUUUUAUUAUUAUUAUGUUGACAGAUGUAUGUAUCAGUAAUCCUCGAGUUGUGGAUUAGUUUUUAUUGGUCAUAAGUUUAUUUGUGCUGCAGGUGCCAAUUCAGAUUAGAAAUAUUCAAGGAGUGUCGUCUUAUUACCUUGUUCACAAUUUCAGUGAUUUCGUAUGGUGGUUUAUUCAUGCUUUCUGGUGUUUAAAUUUUGUAUUUCUUUCUUACAUUUUAUAAGUGAGUGAACGAGAAUCUACAUAUUGGCGCUGUAAUCUGGGCUGUUGUAAAAAAUGGUAUUGGAAACUGUGAAAGUAAAAAAAAAGGAUGCUUUAUCCCCUACAGAUUUUAUUGGUGAAAUAAAAAGGAAUAUUGGCAAA